ACCUUUAAUGGCAGUGGUUGUUAAAGAAGGUCUCAAGAUUGUGAAGAAAGAAGAAGACUAUAAACCUUCCGCUGUACAAGUCGCCUGUACGACAGAAGCUAUAAUGGGAAUUGUAAAGUUUCGAAAACCUUUUUAUGGUCUUCUCUAUGCCAAAGAUUAUUUUGAAGAUUCCUGUACAGCCAGGGGAAAUGGCUCAAGAGAGAUUCAUCUUGUGAUUCCAACUAAUGAAUGCGGAUCUAUUUCGGUCAAAAAUACAGAGGGUAAACAAGAAUUCCAAGUUUCCUUAUACUUACAACAUGACAAAAAACUCCAACAAGUCUACGAUGAAAUGCUUCAUUUACGUUGUGUACCAGCUACAGUAACGGUUGUAAUGGUUAAAAUGAAUCAGGAAGGAUCGAAUAACUCUGCCGAGUUUACAGAUCAUUCAAAAGAUAGUUCUUACCUACCAAUCCUAUCACGAAGUUUAGAACAUUCCGUAUUUUCUGCAGAAAAACCAAAUGAGAAUCUUUUAAAGAACUCCGGGAGCAACAACGAAUCGUCCCUAACACAAAAUCCUGCUGUUUGGAAAAGAUCUUAUCCAGAUUUCGUUAAUGACUUCAAUUCAACUUUAAAAAGUGAGGAGAGACCGUCUCAUAUCAAUCAGUUAUCGUCUUCAAAAUUGUCUUUUCGGAUUUUAUCGAAGAAAAUGCCCCAUUCGGAAUUCCUAAAGAGUCUUCAGCGACCACUUAUUGAACAUUCGUUUGUGGUAUUGGAAAGUGACAUUGAUCCUGACAUGAAAAUGAUUGUUAUGCGAGGAGAAAUGGAAGAAUUAGAGAACAGUGAUAACCCAUCUGAAAUUGUCGACACAGUCACUUUAAAAAUUCUCUAUAAGAAUCCAAAAAAUAUUCAAACGAAAAUUGCUGACUGUAAUGCUUUUGAUGAAACAGGGCGAAAAUACGAACUUCUCGAUUCUAAUGGGUGUAUUGCAAACGAAACAUUUUUAUCAAACUUGACAGAAACUUAUGAUUCAGAGACUUCGACUCAAGCAGCAUUUGUUACAUUGAAUGCAACAGCUUUUCCUGAAAUGCAACGAUUGAAUAUAUCCUGCCACCAACUUUCCUGUGAUAAACAGUGUAACAGAGAUUACAUGAGCCAAAAGGAAGAGACUACAGAAAAAAGCUAUCAGCAUUUUGGGAAAGGAAACUUUAGAAUGAACAAGCAAAUUUUCCAAAGGAAUUCUCAUGCUGAACCCGAAUCACAUGCUGAAUUAGAUUUACAUAAAAAGCAUUUUAAAGAAACUUUCCAUGAUGGAACAGCUCAUUCUGAAAAUUUAAAAAAAGGAAUCGUUAAAGAGAAUGUGUCUCAUUCCAAGUUAGCACCUCAUUCCACGACGUCUGAUUUUCAAGGAGCCGAGCUAAUGACUUCAGAUGCUGGCAUAGAAAAUUGCUUAAACUCAACACGAAUCAUUCUGAUUGUAAGCAUAUUACUGUCCUUCCUGAUAAUAUCAUUGGUGGUAACUAUCUGCACGUGCGUUAGAUCGCGUGAAUUGAAUCGAAGAUUAAUGCAAAGAAGAAUGAUUCCUUUUCUGAAAAUUCCUCAGUACAGUCCAUGACUAGAAAAGAAAAGUGAACAAGACUCUGUCGGGGUUUCAACAAAGAAAUUCGGAACUUACAAGCCUCCCCCACGAGUACAUGUUUGUCAAUGAGAUGUGUUAAAAGACUAUUUAAGUUAUGUUCAUUGAUCUUUUUUCUUGAAUCAGCUACAUCUUUCUAAAUAUAUUGCUGAUUUUAUUAGGUUUCAAGUCAGAUUUCCUCUUUCUAACUUGUUUUUAAUUUAAAAUGUCAUUAAAAAGUGGGUGUCACAGGAUUUGCCAUUUUGUGUGAUGCAAGCAAACCUGUUAGUUUUAAAUAUUAACUCACGGAGAAAUACGGUAAUUGAAUGCAUUUAUAAAUAGAAGAAGUUUUUUGAUACGAAUGAAUUAUUCUCUGAAAAAAUUAUGUAGCACUUUAAAUUCAACGAUAGUCAUACACUAUCAAAAAGCUCAUUUUUUGUCACAUAUGAAAGAGAUAUGAGUCUUAAAGUGCUUAUAGAAUCAUUAUAAAGCAUUAAUUAGAAGGGAUACUUGUACCAUUAUGCAGAUAUUUAAGAAAAACCAACAUAUUAUCGUAGCAUUUUAUUUUGUCUAAUUUAAUAAAAUGAGUUGAUGCAGGAAAACACUGAAAAAAUUGCUUUAAAAGGUAGAUUAACAAAGAUAUCAGUGUCAUAAAAGAGGCAUUUAAAAACAAUCUACUUUUUCUCCAUAUGUUUACCUUCGUAAUAUGUAAAAGAAAUAAGAUUUGACUACAUUUUAAAUUGCUGGCAAAACCGCUUUUGUCAUAAUAUAUAUGAAAAAAAUAGUAAAAGUUAAAAUAAAGUUAACCGCAAUAUCAAUGAUAAUUUUUUUAAACUUAAAACAAAAAUUUGUUUUUAGAUAAUGUCAUCAAAAAUACUAUUUAAAUGUACGAGAACAAACGUACGACUGUAUUGCUAAAUGUGCAAGUUCACGAUUACCAAUUUUCAACUAUGUGGCCUUAUAAUUUUGAAUCCAAUUCAGAAUGCAAGAGAACUCCUGGAUCAGUACCCCCAGAUGUAUUGAUUUGUUAUUGGAACUUGGAGGACUUUGUGACUCCGACAGACUUAGAUUGUGCCAGUCACCAUAUAAUGCACCGGGGAUUCUUCGGCCGGCAGGAUUUGGACUCCGAACAUGAGUUCAACACCUACCAAUUAGGCUAUCCCAGCUAUGUUAUCAUAGUUAUUAUCGAAGAUUACAUUCUCAAAAGCUGAGAUUUAAAUGUUGUAUCAUAGCAGCUAGUUUGCAUAGCUCGCCUAUUUGUAUGUCAAAUGAGUAAAUUAUGCUAAAACAGCUAUUUCUGUGCCUAUUUAAAUUUAGUGUUCGACAAUAAUUAUUCGAAAACAUAUAAUUAGGAUAAUUUAGAAAAAUAAAAGUACUGAUUUUAAAACACAUGAACAGAGAAUUCAUCUAAGAGAAGCACCCUUUGCAGAGUUCAAUGGGGGUGGGGUUCUUUACAAUUCUCAAUGUUUAUGUAGUGCCCUACCUUCGCUCCUGGUUUGUACACGAAGUUCUGAGACUCUCUAUAUUAAUUAUACACUACCCUACAUUAAUUGAAGAAACACUUUCAAUUUUUGAGAUUUUUUAAAAAUUUAUCAAGAAAUACUCAAAGGAUAAUUUUAUAACUUUAUUGAUGUUUAGGUCAUGUCUUGUACUUAUGGAUAAAGUUUAAAGCUUUCAGAGAUUUGGGAAACCGGCAAUAAA